AUGUCUUACAACUGUAGCUCUGGAAACUGUUCUUCCCGGUCUCAUGGAGGUUACCUGGGGUACCCACUUUCUACCUAUGAUGCUUUCGACCCAAGCAACAUAGUCUACUCUCCCAGAACCUGCCAGGUGGACUCUUCUUUCUAUAAUUGCUGUCAGGAGAGCUUCUGUGAGCCUACCAGCUGCCAGACACCCUGUGCUGUGGCCAGAUCUUACCAGGCAUCCUGCUAUCAUCCAAAGAAUCUCAUCCUCUGCAGUCCAUGCCAGAAAAAUUAUGCUGGAUUUCUGGAAUGUGGAAAUAUUGGCCUUGGAUAUUUAAACUAUGGAAGCAAUGACUGUGGGUCCAGCUUCAGCCAUCCAAGUUACUUUUCUUCCGGGAGUUACCAGUCAACUUGUUACCAACCAGCUUUUGGCUCUCGCUAUUUUGGAUCAACUUACUGA